UAUUAUUGACGAUAGCAUACCUAUAAUAUUGGGUUUCACACAAUCUAUUAACAAUAUACCAUAUAGGACUAGUAUCAAUUCCUAAAUUUGUUUGGUUAAAAACAAGAAGAAUUGAAAUGUCUCAUGUAAGAGUUGCAAUUCCGAAGAAAGGAUUUGAGCGUUUCGAGAAGUAUAACCCAGAAAACUUGAAAUCCUUCGAACAGCUGAUAGAGGAACAAAAUGGAGAUACAUAUUGCCUCAAACUUAACAUGCAUCUAUUGCGCAUGUACAACGCCUACCCACAACUGGUAAACUUGAAAAUAACAAGACUUAUUUUAUUGAAGGCUUUGAGUAAACUCCCAUAUCAGCACUUUAAUUUUGCGAGAAAGUAUCUAAUAUGGUCUCAAUUAAUUGAUGAUGGGAUCAGGGUCAUAAUUGAUAUGGCAGAUUUAUUAGAAAAUGAAGAUUACGAAGAAUUUUGGAUGCAUUAUAAACAGAAAGCUACAAUACUUCCCAUACUGGACGGUUUUGACGAAGCUAUUAGAAAAUACAUCUGUUUUAAAGUUGGAUCAACACGUACAACAGUUCCCUGCAUGGAAUUCAAAAUGAAAUUAGCUGUUGAUAAAGAAGUAUUGAUGAAGUACAUCACUCAGCUUGGUUGGAUGAUUAAUGGAAAUGAAGUGAAAGUAUUUCCUUUAAUGCUUAAUGAUUCGAACGAUCGUGAUGUUAUCAGAGGAAUUAUUUGUUCCGAUAUUCGCUAACAGGUAUUAGAAAAUGCAUUAAUAUAUGCAGCUAUAGUUUAGAGUUAAGUUUACUUAAAUAUUUAAUAACUUAAGGAUUCUGACUUACAAAUAAUAGAGU